UUGCCUCCUUGUCUCAGGAUCCCCGUGGAUUCUGCACCAACGGAACCCGCCCAGCCUGGAUCCCCCAGCAACCCUGGAGCAGCAGCCCAGAGCUGAGCAGAACCCCUGGGCCCCCCGGGCUCCCAAACCCCUCCGUGACUCCACCCAGAGCUCUUGGAAAGCCCAGAAAGCCAAACACCAAGGGCUCAGAGAUGCCAAUUACUGUUUCCUAGCAGCAAGGCCCUGACAUAGCCUCAUCGCUAGGCCCUCAGAGGGGGACCCAGUAGUUCUGACCAAUGGGAGGUUCUCUGCUCGAAGCCCAGACAAACCCAGUGGGAGCUGGCAGUUGGGGAGGGCAGAGGGGAGGAAGGGUUCCACAUGGUCGGUAUUCCCGCAGGCCACCGCUGGCCCCUCCUAUUGGCACAAAGAGUAGGCCCCGGGUUUCUGAAGGACAUUUUGGUUUUGCCUUUUUUCCUGCAGUUCGCCAUUCCUGCUCGAUCCAGCUGGGAAGGAUCAGAGACCGACAGCUUUCUAAGCCCAAACGGGAAUGGGGAUCUCCAGUCAGGAGGCUGGACUGGGGAAAUCAGGAGACUAUCCGCAGUGUGUCGGCAAGUGCCCUGAGGGCAGGUCUCUCAGAGCGCCUCGAGUUCUUGGCCAGACCUAAGAAGGUUCACAGCUCUCUCUGCAGGCCCAAAUACCUCUACAGCUGUGGGAGGGAAUCUUCAAUCUGGAAAUACCCACCCGGAGUGACUUUUAGUUACCCUUCAGAGCGGAUCUUGAAGUUGGCAGAACCCAAAAGAGUUCACGAAUCCUACUUGAAACUAAGGCCCCGGAGCUCCCCCGAAUGGCCUGUGAGCAGGGCCGCACUUACAUGUGAGGCUUCGGAGCAUCUGAAGAGACUUUCGCAAGCCAAAUUGCAGCACCAGGACUACUGCCCACCUCGGACGGUUGAGACUCAGAUCCCAAGAACAGCCCUGAGGGCUCAGGCUUCCCAGCGACUGACCAGUCUUUCCCAGCCAAAGGUGAAGAGCGAAUCUCUGGUUUUGGACCUGGGGAGAAAGGAAGAGCCGAUCCGCUGGGUGUCCAAGACGGCCAGGGAAGCAAAACCAACUCCCCGGACUAUCAAGCUUGCCCAAGCCAGGCCCCUGCCCGACGGGUACCUGCCGAUCCGGGAUGCCCAGUGGCUGGUUUCUCCUGCUGCCAUGCGUGCCUUCGCGUCUCCUCGGACGGUCCAGUUAUCUGCUCCCAUCCGGAGGGCAUCCGCAAAUCUUGUUCACUUCAAUCCAGAAGCCUUUUCCGUGAAGGAAAAUGCUAAAAAAGCAGUGUGUUCUCAAAGAAUCCGGGAGCUGGCCCAGCCUGUCAAGCGGUGAAUCCCACAGGCUUGAUUCUCUAGGACUUCUCAGCCCUUCAGCGUCAGGGAUUCCCCAGACACCUCGAGGGUCCCGGGCGGCCCAAGGCCACUGUCCAGAAGGAGUCAGUCCAGGGCCAUUAAACUGCUGCCGAUGCUUCUUUCAAACCUUUA